CAUUUGAUCCUACUCACCCGCCACCAAUUACUUAAUCAUGUCUUCUUUCGACACUCAAAAACUCUUUUCCGUUUAAUCCGUCAACCUAAAACCCUUCUCUUCUCUUCUCUUACACUACACUAUUCAUUCUCUUUCUACCGACCAAACUCCUUCUUAAUUAUUAUCCGUUUUUCUUUAUCUUCCACCUCACAACACACACACACAAUGUCGUAACUCGUAACAUUUCAUUUAUCUUUAAUAAUAAUUUUCAUUUUUAUCAAUUCAUGAUUUUCAUUUGCAGUAGAUAAAAAGAAAAAAAAAACAGUUUACACCAAACUCCGGUGGGAAACAGCCCGUCGCCACCACCUCCCCUCGGGCCCCACCUACCUCACUCACUCACUAACAGUCCUUCCUUCUUCUCACUCUAACCUAAAUCCACGCCUUAAUUUUUAAUUAAUUCCUUAAUUAUGAUUUUCCCUCGUUCCUUUUAUUCAUUAAACCUUUCGAUCUCUUUUUGUAUCUUCUUCUUCUCUCAUACGCGUCUUUAAACAUUAACACACACACACACACACAUUAUUACUAUCUCUCUCUCUAUAAUUUCUCACGGACUUAGCGUGUGAAGGAAUCCAAAUCCAAACACAAACACGCUCAACUACAAAAUCUUAUUAUUUCAUUUUUGUUGAAAAAUAAUAAUAACAGUAAUUUCUGAUCCGUUUUUGUUUCCGAUUGUUUUUGAGUCGAUUUCCGGUGACAGUUUUGUUGUGAGUAAUGGACACGAGAGGACGACUCGUUGCUGGUUCACACAUUAGGAACGAGUUCGUUCUCAUCAAUGCUGAUGACAAUGUUAGGUUUAAGUAUGUCCAAGAAUUGAGUGGACAGAUAUGCCAGAUUUGUGGGGAUGGGAUAGAUAUUACUGAGAAUGGGGAUCCCUUUGUUGCCUGCAAUGAGUGUGCUUUCCCUGUUUGUCGGCCAUGCUAUGAGUAUGAGAGAGCAGAGGGCUAUCAGGCAUGUCCACAGUGUAAGACCAGAUUCAAACGCAUCAAAGGUUGUCCCAGGGUUGAAGGUGAUGAAGAAGAGGAUAGCAGUGAUGACAUAGACAAAGAAUUUGAUGAUAAAUAUCGUGAUGCUUUAGGCCUGAAACCUAAUUCAGAUUCAAUGCUUUCUGGACGUCUUAACUCUGGACGUCGUUCUAACUCUGAUAUAUCAGACAUGCCAACAAAUUCGGAAUAUGAUACUCAUAUCAAUUCUGAAAUCCCACUUUUGACUUAUGGGGAGGAGGAUCCUGAUAUAUCUUCUGAUCGACAUGCUCUAAUUGUUUCCCAAUACAUGAAUAAUGGAAGCAGUGUUCAUAGCAUGUCUUAUUCUGAUCAGUCUAUUCCAUCGAAACCCAGGUCAAUGGUUCCACAGAAAGAUAUUGCAGUGUACGGGUAUGGAAGUGUGGCUUGGAAAGAUCGGAUGGAAGAGUGGAAGAAAAGGCAGAAUGACAAACUUGAGGUGGUGAAGCAUGAAGGCAAUGACAACAAUGGAAAUUUUGGUGAUGAGGCGGAUGACCCUGAUUUACCCAUGAUGGAUGAAGGCAGGCAGCCACUGUCACGGAAGCUACCUAUUCCUUCAAGCAAAAUAAAUCCAUACAGAAUAAUUAUAAUCCUCCGCCUUGUAAUCCUUGGGCUCUUCUUUCAUUAUAGAAUUCUCCAUCCAGUUAAUGAUGCAUAUGGCUUGUGGUUAACAUCAGUCAUCUGUGAAAUAUGGUUUGCUGUAUCAUGGAUAAUGGAUCAGUUUCCCAAAUGGUGCCCGAUCGUCCGAGAAACAUACCUUGAUCGUCUGUCUCUGAGGUAUGAAAAAGAAGGGAAGCCAUCUGAGUUGUCCAAUGUUGACAUCUUUGUCAGCACAGUUGAUCCGACGAAAGAACCUCCACUGAUAACUGCAAACACUGUUUUGUCUAUCCUUGCAGUUGAUUAUCCAGUGGAUAAAGUUGCAUGCUAUGUAUCAGAUGACGGUGCUGCAAUGCUUACUUUUGAGUCACUUUCUGAAACAUCUGAAUUUGCUAGAAGAUGGGUGCCAUUUUGUAAAAAAUACAACAUUGAACCUCGAGCUCCAGAAUGGUAUUUCAAUCAAAAUAUAGAUUAUUUGAAAAAUAAAGUCCAUCCAGCAUUUGUCAGGGAAAGGAGAUCAAUGAAGAGGGAGUACGAAGAAUUUAAGGUGAGGAUAAACAGUUUGGUUGCAACUUCACAAAAGGUUCCCGAGGAUGGAUGGACAAUGCAGGAUGGAACACCGUGGCCCGGAAAUAAUGUAAGGGAUCAUCCCGGCAUGAUUCAGGUCUUUCUUGGUCAUGAUGGUGUUCGGGAUGUUGAAGGAAAUGAGUUGCCUCGCUUGGUAUAUGUUUCUAGAGAGAAGCGGCCAAGCUUUGAUCAUCACAAAAAAGCUGGUGCAAUGAAUUCUCUGAUACGGGCGUCUGCAAUCAUCUCAAACGCACCUUAUAUUCUGAAUGUUGAUUGUGAUCACUACAUCAACAAUAGCAAGGCACUUAGAGAAGCCAUGUGUUUCAUGAUGGACCCUCAAGUUGGGAAAAAAAUUUGCUAUGUACAAUUUCCUCAAAGAUUCGAUGGGAUUGAUCGUCAUGAUAGAUACUCAAACCGAAAUGUUGUAUUUUUUGAUAUCAACAUGAAAGGACUGGAUGGAAUACAAGGACCAAUUUAUGUUGGAACUGGAUGUGUUUUCAGAAGGUAUGCACUCUACGGAUAUGAUGCACCUGCCAAGAAGAAGCCCCCAAGCAAAACCUGUAAUUGUUGGCCAAGAUGGUGUUGCCUUUGUUUUGGCCCUCGAAAGAAAAAGAAAACGAGCACCAAGAAAGAGAAAAAAAAGGUGAAGCACAGAGAUUCAUCACAAAUACACGCACUUGAAAAUAUCGAGGAAGGAUUGCAAGGAUCCACUAUGGAGAACUCAACCAAUGUGACUCAUAUGAAGUUGGAGAAGAGGUUUGGACAGUCUCCUGUGUUUGUAGCCUCCACACUUCAUGAAAAUGGUGGAGUUCCAUCAAACACAAGUCCUGCGUCAUUCUUAAAGGAAGCAAUCCAAGUCAUCAGCUGCGGUUAUGAAGACAAAACUGAAUGGGGAAAAGAAGUUGGCUGGAUAUAUGGUUCUGUGACAGAGGAUAUCUUGACUGGAUUUAAAAUGCAUUGCCAUGGUUGGCGGUCUGUGUAUUGCAUCCCUCAGCGGCCUGCAUUUAAAGGGUCAGCACCUAUCAAUCUUGCAGAUCGUUUGCACCAGGUUCUUCGGUGGGCCCUUGGUUCUGUUGAGAUUUUCUUGAGCAAACAUUGUCCUAUUUGGUAUGGCUAUGGUGGCGGGCUAAAGUGGUUGGAACGAUUUUCGUACAUAAAUUCAGUUGUUUAUCCUUUGACUUCCCUCCCGCUGAUAGUUUACUGUACUCUACCAGCUAUAUGUCUCCUGACUGGAAAAUUUAUCGUACCUGAGAUUAGCAAUUAUGCCAGUAUUGUGUUCAUGGCCCUCUUCAUUUCCAUUGCAGCAACUGGUAUCCUUGAGAUGCAGUGGGGCGGUGUUAGUAUAGAUGAUUGGUGGAGGAAUGAACAGUUUUGGGUGAUUGGAGGUGCUUCUUCACAUUUUUUUGCCCUCUUUCAAGGUUUGCUAAAGGUUUUGGCUGGUGUCGACACAAAUUUCACGGUUACAUCGAAAGCAGCUGAUGAUGGAGAAUUCUCAGAGCUAUACAUCUUCAAAUGGACGUCGCUGUUGAUUCCUCCAACUACUCUACUAAUUAUAAAUAUUGUCGGUGUUGUGGUUGGAAUCUCAAAUGCCAUCAACAAUGGGUACGACUCAUGGGGCCCUCUCUUUGGCAGAUUAUUCUUUGCCUUGUGGGUGAUCAUCCAUCUUUACCCAUUCCUCAAGGGGUUACUUGGUAAACAAGAUAGAAUGCCUACUAUAAUAUUGGUUUGGUCAAUCUUACUGGCUUCCAUAUUGACUCUCCUGUGGGUACGAAUUAACCCAUUUGUGUCAAGAGAUGGCCCUGUGUUGGAAAUUUGUGGAUUGAAUUGUGAUGAUACAUGAGUUACAAGGUGAACAAGUUUUUCUUGCUACAUUUGGUUUCAUCGCAGAAAAAGCAAAUUCAUUGGAUACAAAACUCUUACCAAUGUUGCACGACUUUUUGGACGGUAGUUUUAAUUUGUAGGUUGUGUAGAUAUAGGGGGUGGAGAGGUGAACACAUUGUUACCGGUAAUAGAGUUUUUUCAUUUAUUCUUUCAUUACAAUUCUGAGUCCCUAGUGUUAUUCUUUUUUGCUGUUUUAUGUAUUCUUAUAAGAAAGAGCAGUGAAUGAUAAGUUAUUCCCUCCUCAAAAUGAGGAAUCAGCAGUGUUAUAAAUCAGUUAAUCAAGUCUUGAGGUGGUGUUAUUCUUGCUUAAAAUUUUUGAACCUUUUUGGGAACAAUGUCAUGUAAUCGUCAUUUCACUUGUGACAACAACGAUUAUGGAUAUUCUUGUUUGUGA